ACUCUCUCAUCUCCUUUCUCUGUCUGAAACCCUCGUUCUCUAUCUCAAGAACGAAUCUUUCAGUAAUUUGAAGACUCAAUUCGAAUCCCUAACCAUGGUGGUCGAGAAGAAACGCCCUCUUCAGUCAAGCAACAAUGUCAACAUUGCUCCUCCGCCGGGAGGAAAAACGAUCGAAGAAAUGUACCAGAAGAAGUCUCAACUCGAGCACAUCCUUCUCCGACCCGAUACCUACAUCGGAUCCAUUGAAAAGCACACCCAAACACUUUGGGUGUACGAGAAUGAUGAAAUGGUGAGCCGAUCUGUUAGCUACGUCCCUGGUUUGUACAAGAUCUUUGAUGAGAUUCUUGUUAAUGCUGCCGAUAAUAAGCAGAGGGAUCCUUCCAUGAACAGUCUGAAGGUUGAGAUUGACGUUGAGAUGAACAGUAUUAGUGUGUAUAACAAUGGUGAUGGUGUUCCUGUGGAGAUUCAUCAAGAGGAGCAGGUUUAUGUUCCUGAGAUGAUAUUUGGGCAUUUGUUGACGAGUAGUAACUAUGAUGAUAAGGAGAAGAAAACAACUGGUGGAAGAAAUGGGUAUGGUGCUAAGCUCACUAAUAUUUUCUCAACUGAGUUUGUUAUUGAGACUGCUGAUGGAAAGCGUCAGAAGAAGUACAAGCAGGUUUUCACCAACAACAUGGGGAAGAAAUCUGAUCCAGUAAUCACAAAGUGCAAGGCGAGUGAUAACUGGACCAAGGUGACAUUUAAGCCAGAUUUGGCUAAGUUUAACAUGACUCAUUUGGAAAAUGAUGUGGUUGCACUGAUGAAAAAGAGAGUUUUUGACAUGGCUGGAUGCCUUGGGAGUUCUGUCAAAGUGGAACUUGAUGGAAACCGAGUUCCUGUGAAAUCCUUCUUAGAUUAUGUUGAUCUGUAUUUGCGAACUGCCCAGAAAUCUGAUGCUACUAUUCCCAGGAUCACAGAGAGAGUGAAUGAUAGGUGGGAAGUUUGUGUAAGCCUUAGUGAUGGGCAAUUUCAACAGGUUAGCUUUGUAAAUUCGAUUGCCACAAUUAAGGGUGGAACUCAUGUAGAUCACGUCACGAGUCAGAUCACUAACCAUGUCAUGACCGUUGUAAAUAAGAAGAACAAGAAUGCCAACUUGAAAGCCCACAAUGUGAAGAAUUAUUUGUGGGUUUUUGUCAAUGCUCUUAUUGACAAUCCUGCUUUUGACUCUCAAACUAAAGAAACUCUUACCAUUCGUCCAAGUAGUUUCGGGUCUAAAUGUGAACUGCCACCUGAGUUCUUAAAGAAAGUGGCAAAGUCUGGCAUUGUGGAUAGUCUUCUUUCCUGGGCUAACUUCAAACAGAACAAGGAUCUUAAGAAAACAGAUGGAACCAAGACCGAAAGGGUUCACAACAUCAAUAAGCUGGAGGAUGCUAAUGAAGCUGGAGGAAGGAACUCUGAGAAAUGUACCUUGAUUUUAACUGAAGGAGAUUCAGCCAAGGCUCUUGCAAUGGCUGGACUCUCUGUUGUUGGUAGAGACCAUUAUGGUGUAUUUCCAUUGAGGGGUAAAUUGCUCAAUGUAAGGGAAGCUAGCGCAACCCAAGUAAGGGAUAAUGAGGAAAUUAAGAACAUCAAGCGGAUUCUUGGGUUGCAGCAAGAUAAGCAAUACGCCAACGUGAAAUCUCUCAGAUAUGGUCAUCUGAUGAUAAUGACUGAUCAGGAUCACGAUGGUUCACAUAUCAAGGGUCUGUUGAUUAAUUUCAUCCAUUCUUUCUGGCCAUCACUUCUGAAAAUCCCAUCUUUCUUGGUGGAGUUUAUUACUCCUAUUGUGAAGGCAACUAACAAAAAUGGAAAUGAAUUAGCAUUCUAUACCAUGCCUGAGUACGAGGCAUGGAAGGAAAGUUUGAGGGGAAAUGCAAAUGGGUGGACCAUAAAAUACUAUAAGGGGUUGGGAACCAGCACAUCAAAGGAAGGAAGGGAUUACUUUCAAAAUCUGGACAUGCACAAGAAAGAUUUCAUGUGGGUAGAUGAGAAAGACGGUGAGGCAAUUGAGCUUGCAUUUAGUAAGAAAAAGAUAGAAGAGAGAAAAUGUUGGCUCAGAAAAUUCGAGCCUGGUACUCACCUGGACCAGAAGGAAAAGCUCAUUAAGUACAGGGACUUUGUUCACAAGGAGCUUAUCUUAUUUUCUUUGGCUGAUCUACAAAGGUCCAUUCCAUCAAUGGUGGAUGGCUUAAAGCCUGGUCAAAGGAAAAUCCUCUUCUGUUCUUUUAAGAGGAACUUUGUGAAAGAAGCAAAGGUUGCUCAGUUUUCUGGUUAUGUAUCUGAACAUUCAGCCUACCACCAUGGUGAGGCAAGUCUUGCCGGUACCAUCAUUGGAAUGGCACAGGAUUAUGUUGGUAGUAACAAUAUCAAUCUUUUACAACCAAAUGGUCAGUUUGGCACACGUAACUUGGGAGGAAAGGACCAUGCUAGUGCUCGUUAUAUCUAUACCAAAUUAUCUCCUAUCACAAGAACACUUUUCCCAAAGGACGAUGACAUUCUUCUUGACUACCUUGAUGAGGAUGGUCAGUCCAUUGAGCCUACUUGGUAUGUGCCAGUCAUUCCAACUGUUCUUGUCAAUGGAAGUGAAGGUAUUGGAACAGGUUGGAGUUCUUACAUUCCUAAUUAUAACCCAAGAGACAUAGUUGCAAACAUAAGGAACUUGAUCAAUGGUGAGGAAAUGGUUCCAAUGGCUCCAUGGUACAGAGGAUUCAAGGGAACUAUUGAGAAAUCUUCCAAGGAUGGAAGUUACAAUAAUAGUGGGGUGUUAGAGGAAAUUAAUGAGACAACUAUCAGAAUUUCUGAGCUUCCAGUUCGUAGGUGGACUCAAGAUUAUAAGGAGUUUUUGGAAUCUGUUACUCGUGGAAAUGAUAAGGCAAAGGAUCCAUUUAUUGAAGGGUUUACACAACACAGUGAUCACAGUACUGUGGAUAUCCUUGUUCAUAUGACCGAAGAGAACAUGAUGGCGGCGAAGCAAGACGGUUUGUUGAAGAAGUUUAAAUUGACAACUUCAUUAAACACAAGUAACAUGCACCUGUUUGAUGCUAAUGGCUUAAUAAAGAAAUAUGAUACUCCUGAGCAAAUCCUUGAAGAAUUUUUCCACAUUAGGCUUGCAUUUUAUGUCAAGAGAAAGAAAGUUCUAUUGGAUAAUCUAGAGUUGGACCUAUUGAAAUUGGAGAACAAGGUUCGGUUUAUUCUUGGUGUUGUGAAAGGGGAGAUUGUUGUGAGCAACCGAAAGAGAGCUGAUCUCUUCAUUGAGCUGCAACAGAAAGGUUUUACUCCUUUCCCUAAGAAAACUAAGGCUGUUGAGCCAGAGGUAGCUGGAGCAACCGAUGCAACAGAUGAUAACGAGGAUGAUGCUGAGGCUGCUGCUACCGAAGUUCGCAUUGGUGAUUAUGAGUACCUGCUGUCUAUGGCAAUUGGAACAUUGACACUAGAGAAGGUUCAAGCAUUGUUGGCUGAACAGGAUAAGCUUAACAGCCAGGUUGAUGAAUUGCGAAAAGCAACUCCAACGUCAUUGUGGGCUAAAGAUCUUGAUAAUCUUGAGAGCGAGCUGAAUGAUCUUGAAAAAAGUGAUGCAUUAGCAGAGGAGCUGAAAAAGAAUGCAAAAGGCCAAAUAAAGAAGGGGGCAGUGGCUGCUUCUAAAGUUUCCAGAGCAGCACCUAAAGCCCCACGCAAGAACACCAAGAAGGCGGCUAAUGCUGAAGCUGUUGAACAAAUCACUGAAACAUUUAAUUCUGCAAUGGAUAUUGAGAAACCUCCAGAGAAAGCGAAACCAAAAGCCAGAGCAGCCCCAAAGAAGGCUGCUGCUGCUAAAAAGAAGGUGGUAGUCAGUGAUGACGACGACGACGACGAAGUACUUGAGUUGAAAGAUCGACUUGCUGCCUAUAAUCUUGACUCAUCUCCUGAUAAACCAGCAGAAGCGCCAGAGGUUGCUCCAGCCCCGAAAAAGGCAGCUCCAAAAAGGGCUGCUGCAAAGAAGAAAGCUCUUCCAGAUGUUGAUCUUGUUGAUCUUGAUGAUGAGGUAGAUGAAGAUGACGACGAUGACUUUGAAAUGGAAACGGGUUCAGGCUCAUCUGGUGGUAAUAAGAAGGGUGGCAAUAAGAAAGGAGGAGCUGCAGCAGCAGCCAAAGCAAAACCGAAAGCAGCAGCCAAGGCACCAGCAAAGAGGAGAGGUGGUGCAGCAGCAGCAGCCAGCAAACAGAGUAGUCAGUUGCUGGGACAAAAGUUUUUGACUGAUAUGUUGAAGCCAGCUGAUGAGAGUUCAGGGAUUUCACCAGAGAAGAAAGUGAGGAAAAUGAGGGAAUCCCCAUUUAACAAGAAGAGUGGUUCCUUGUUGGGAAGGACUACUAUUGGUAAUAUUGGUAUUGUUGAAGAGGAUGGUGAUGAUGAGUAUGAGGAUGCAUCCAAUGGGAGUGGUGAGAAGCCAUCUUCUUCUUCUUCUUCUGAGGCUGCUUCUGCUGAAGUUGUAUUCCCAGCUGCAAAAGCUAGACCUUUGAGGGCUAACAGGAAGCAGAUGAGAUAUGUGCUGAGUGACUCUGAAAGUGAGAAGCCUUCUGGGGAUUCUGAAUUUGAUGAGUCUGAAAGUGAAAGUGAUGUAGACUUUGAUGAGGAGUGAAAAGUUUGUUUUUUUUUCCUUCUGUUAUAUAACUAGAUGUUGUUGACUUUGACUGAGAGAACUACUAGUUUUCUUUUGUGUGUGUUUGUAUGUAUGUAACCAGUAGAAUUUGACAUGAACACUAUUUUAGUUAGCUAUUCAAACAUGUCAUUAAGUUUUCCUACCUUCUAAUUUCCGAUUUUUGAAA